AUUCUUCUUAAUCCUCAUUCUUUGAAAUUUCAGGGUUUUACAACUUAUGCUGAGAGGAGAAUUAUCGAGGAUGUGCAGGGCAAAGAUCGAGCGGAUCUGAAUAUUGGAAUUGGGUGGAAGGGAUUAAAUGAUGAAAUAGAGAGGUUCAAGGACAACGUGGAGUUUACUAAGUUGAAGACGAAACAGGAAGGUGUGGACCCUGAUGAUGUUUAUUCUCAGGUGCCAUAUGAAAAAGGGUUCCAAUUCCUCUGGCGCAUUGAACGUCAGAUUGGCCGUCCGGCUUUUGAUGAGUUCCUGAAGAAGUAUAUUGCCACCUUUAAGUUUCAGUCUAUUGAUACGGAGACAUUUCUAGACUUUCUAAAAGCAACUUUGCCUGGAAUAGAAAACCAGAUUAACCUUCAGAUUUGGAUUGAUGGUACUGGCAUCCCUCCCGAUGCUAUGGAGCCAGAGUCAGCAAUCUACACAAAACUAUUGUCCCUUGCCCAGGAAUUUAAGCUGGGAAAGAUGCCAAGUGAGGAUGAGGCGGCGGACUGGAAUGGACAGCAAUGGGAGCUUUACCUGGAGAAUCUACCGAAUUCUGUUGAGGCUUCUCAGGUAUGAUAUCCAUCAAGGUUUUC